GCAUCGGCAGUUGCUGCGGCAUUUUGAGGAGCCGGCCGUCAACUGAUCAGCUGUGCCCGUGUGCGAAACGCACUCUACGAACCUUGGAAUGUGCCCUCGUGCUGUAGCUGCACCUGCAGGGCUCAACUGCAGUGCGAUGUACGACACUCAUUAAGCUGUUCACAGUCAGCUGCGGAGCUACUCACCUUAACUGUACCUGUUGUCCACAAGCCUCCCUCUGUCCAUUCUACACCUCGCCACUAUCAACAACGUGUCCCAUUCAUACGUCCAGCUAGCCCUCAGAACCUCAUCAAACAUGUACGUCAGUGCUGUCCUCACACCCCCGUUAGCAAGCUCCACGGUAGUGGAUUCUUCCGAAGCGGCCCGUUUCGUUGCCUGCUUGGAAGUAUCGGAAGAGCCUACAAACAACUGGAUUGUCGAGCUAUGGUACGGCCAUAAAGGCGCAGAAUGGCAGUCGGCAGCAUUUACCCCGGCAACAUCUUCGGAGCUUACGUUGUACGAUGCGAGCAAACAAUCCCGACGCAAGAAGUGUCUGUACACACUGAUGCUAAACUCCACCGGAAACCCGAAUCCUCUCCAGUUUACACUGCGCUUCAAGCUUCAAGCUUCCCAUUCGUGGAUCUGGAUUCGGGACCAGACCCAUCUGGGAGAUGGGCAGAUCAUCUUUCGGCGGCCAGAGAUUGCAGCUUCCGUGUCGUUCGAUUCGCUCUUUUCUGAUCCGGAUUCCGCCUUGUCAGUGAAAAAGAUUCGUUCCGGUGUUGAGGGUGUGGAGCUUUUCGAUGUUGAGUCGGCAGCGCCAGCUCUUGACGAUGAGUGGAGUACCACCAACAUGGGUGCGCCGGUAUCGCUGGAACACUUCUAUGCCUUAGUGAAGAUACGGGCGCCGUGGAUGGGGCCGCGUCAGGGAACAACCAAAUUUGAUGUUGAUGAGGAUACACUCCUUGCUGGCUGGCUACGAUCGGAUGGCCGCCACGUGGUGGUUCUCGCAAUUUCGGGACUCGGUUUCACGACCAAUUACAUCCGUUCCGAGAGUGGACGAGUACUUCUGAAUGCGAGGAAUGACAGUGGCAAGCCUCAAUCCCACCGCGCUCUUGUCGCUACAGGCUUGGAUUGGCAUUCGGCUAUCAGUGCAGCGUUCGAUGAAGCUCGGAACCUGUUGAGGCAGUGGGGAGUUACCGAGGAAACUGCCCCACCAGAGAUGGAGCCAUUGUGGCGAGAAUCAUGGUAUGACGGUUUGGGAUACUGUACGUGGAACUCGCUCGGACGAGAACUCACGCAGGAUCGUGUUCUCAAUGCGCUGCAAGACUUGCACGACAAGGGCGUAUUCGUCUCGACCGUGAUCAUCGACGAUAACUGGCAGUCGCUCGACAACCAAAGGCGCUGGGAUAAAUUCGAAGCCAAUGAAUACUUUCCUAACGGUCUGAAAGGACUGACAUCCGAGAUAAAACGCCGUUUCAAGUACAUCGCGCACAUCGCUGUGUGGCAUGCCAUUGUCGGAUAUUGGGAGGGUGUUUCCCCCGAUGGCUGGAUCGCUUCCAACUACAAAUGCACGACGAUCAAGUGGCGUGGCGGACACGACGUCACUAUCGUGGACGAAACCGAUGUCGACAGAAUGUACAAUGACUUCUACAGGUUCCUGAAGAGCAGUGGUGUGGAUUCGGUCAAGUGUGACGUGCAGAGCGCUCUCUCGGACUUUGAUCACGCCGUUGACCGCAAGAGACUCGGCCAUGCCUAUCAGGAUGCAUUCAAGGUUAGUGGCUUGAGGUAUUUCCAAGCGAGGGUGAUAUACUGCAUGGCAAUGAUCCCGGACACCUUCUUUCACUCGCUGCUUCAACACCGUGGCCCAACAGUGCUGCUUCGGAACUCGGACGACUUCUACCCCGACAUCCCCGACUCACACCCGUGGCAUCUAUUCUGCAAUGCGAUGAACAACAUAUACACAUCCUAUCUGAACGUUCUCCCAGACUGGGAUAUGUUCCAAACCAGUCUCCCUGAAUACGCGGGACUGCACGCGGCCGGCCGCUGCAUCUCCGGAGGCCCCAUCUACAUCACCGAUACACCCGGUAGCCACUCCUUACCACUGAUCGAGCAAAUGGGCGCUACAUCCAUCCGCGAACCCAACCGCCUCGUCGUUCUCCGUCCCGCCGCAGCAAGUAUCCCACUAGACCCAUAUGUAGCGUACAACUCCAACCGCCUCCUCAAAGUCCGCAGCGCCUACGGUGCCGUGUCAAUGAUGGCGGUCUUCAACGUCUCCACGGACGAAAACUCCGAGCUCAUCUCCCUGAGCGAGUUCGAGAACAUCCUGGACGGGAAGGAGUACGUUGUGCGCGCGCAGACUACGGGCGAGAUCUUUGGUCCCGCGACGCCCGGUUCUGACAAGGUGCUGGUAUCGCUCACGCUGCAGGUCGCCGGCUGGGAGUUCCUCAGUGCCGUUCCCGUCACGAAACGCGCAGACUUCGAGGUCGGCGUCAUCGGUCUGGUCUCGCAGCUGGCGGGCGCCGCGGCUGUCACCCAGACUUGGAUCGGCGACGAUGGGACUCUGACGAAGAUCCAGGUGCAGCUUAAGGCGCUGGGAACUCUUGGCUUCUACAUCUCCGACCUCGAAGACAGAAACAUCGACGACAUGUUUGCCAUCCUUGCUGGCUCGCCGGUGCCGGUACAUACGGUGCAGAAGAGCAAGAGCGACAAGAGGGUGCUCGAAGUUGAUGUGGCCGCUGCGUGGAAGGAGCUGGGACUGCAGACGAGGUGGAGUAAUGAGGUUGUUUUGCAGUUUUUCUUGUAGUGAGGGAGGG